UCACAGGCAAGCUGAUAGCCUCCCUGUCUGCCUCCUACAGCCUAGACACUGAGAAGAUGGUGGACCACUUAGCAAACACAGAGAUCAACAGCCAGCGGAUCGCAGCGGUGGAGAGCUGUUUUGGGGCAUCAGGACAGCCACUGGCCCUACCUGGCCGGGUGCUGCUGGGCGAGGGGGUGCUGACCAAGGAGUGCCGUAAGAAGGCCAAGCCACGCAUCUUCUUCCUCUUCAACGACAUCCUGGUGUAUGGCAGUAUUGUGCUUAGCAAGCGCAAGUACCGGAGCCAACAUAUUAUUCCUCUGGAAGAAGUAACGUUGGAGCCACUGCCAGAGACCCUGGAGGCUAAGAACCGCUGGAUGAUCAAGACAGCCAAGAAGUCCUUUGUGGUGUCAGCAGCCUCCACCACGGAGCGCCAAGAGUGGAUCAGCCACAUUGAAGAGUGUGUGCGGAGGCAGCUGCUGGCCACGGGCCGCCAGCCCACGACCGAGCACGCAGCACCCUGGAUCCCUGACAAGGCCACAGACAUCUGUAUGCGGUGCACACAGACGCGCUUCUCGGCACUCACCCGGCGCCACCACUGCCGCAAAUGUGGCUUUGUGGUCUGCGCUGAGUGUUCCAGGGAGCGUUUCCUGUUGCCACGUCUCUCCUCCAAGCCCCUUCGCGUCUGCAGCCUUUGCUACCGAGAGCUGUCCACCCAGAAGCAGAGGGAGGAGGCCAAGGAGAGGUGCAGGGGCUCUCCAGGGCAGUCUGCCUACCUAGGCGGCACUGUCAGCGGAGCAUCCAGUGGCGAUGAGGAUGACUCUGAUGAGGACAGAGAAGGCGACUGGCCCAGCCAGGUGGAAUUCUACACUUCUGGCGUCUCCUGGUCAGCCUUCCACAGUUGACCCUCACCUGCAGGGUGUCUGCACCAAGCCAGUCCCUGAUUUUGCUGGGACCCCUGCCCAUGCCCCUGGACAUGUGACAGGUGACUGUUCCAGAGCCAUUACUAGUGCCUUUCUGCUAGACAGCAGCCUCCUAGGCCCUCUUCUACUUGUGGUCAGAUAAUUGCCUUUCCAUUUCACAAGGCACAGAACCAGGCUACAGCCACAGCCCUUGGGAUUAGACAAGGCCAGGUGCCCCAAGCAUUAAAAGACCAGGGUUGAAGAGGGCAAAGGGAAGACCAGACCUGAGUGGGGGUCCGCUCUACUCUGAAGCUUGACAAGCAUAACAUAUACCCAAGCAGGAGGCCUGUAUACCCACCACCAUGCAGAUGUCACCAUCUGACCGCCGGACCCUGCCAAGCUGGAUCCCAGACACACUGUGUGCCCUUCAGGCCCAGAUGAGCUGCAACCUGAAUUCCCUCAGCCCAGGACAACCCAUCAGGGUAUCUGCCCUGUCAGCCGCCGCCAAGUGUCUGGUGCCUGCUUGUCCGGUCCCCAUCUCUAUCUGCGGUCAGUAGAAGUAGUGUUUUCCCAUAGGACUCUGGGUUUCAAGGACAGAAACCCUAUCCAGACUGACUUACCAAUAAAAAACAAAAAAGGCAAAAA